GCCUAUGUCGUCAGGAGAAUUCGGUGGGCGAGGGCGCUGGUGGAGGUUGAAGGCAGGCGGCGACUCCGCCAUCAUCAUCAUCAUCAUUGGCAUCCCCUCAGACAACUUCCCUGGGCGCGGGGACCAGGGAGAGCACCAAUAUAUUACACAGCAUCCUGCCACUAAUCCUACUGAGCCUCAUUCCCCUCUAAGGGUGUGUCUGUGGAGUGUCAGAGAGAGAGCAAAAUGGCACCCACAGCCAAGAAAUGUCUUCAGCCAGCCCUAAUCCUGUUGCUGCCUUUCGGGUGUAGGAGAUUUGAGUCUAUGCUACCAUAGGCUUCCCCAAGCCUCUAGUGCGUGUAAUUCAAAGUGCUUGCAUGGGAAACGCAAUUCAGGAAAUAGCAAUGUAAUGUUGCAUUGUGUACAUUUUUAAACAUUUUAAAAUGUACAUUUAAAAAAAAAUUGGUUUUUUUAAAAUUAGAUUUGUAUCCUACCCUUCCUCCCAAAGGAACACCAAUGUGUCAGCCAACAUGCUCAGUCCUCACUGGGUUGUUUGGCAUUGGUAGAGAUAUAUUUACCCCCUGUUAAUUUACAAACUUAUGUAUUUAUGCAUACACUCCUGGGGGUCCCCCAUGUAUGUAGAAUCAGUACCUUUUUUUACAUGAUCUUUUUUGCUUCCAGACUGAUAGACACUUGAACACCUAGUUGAUAAUUAGUGGAUAGAGGUAGGACCUGCAACAAAAUGCUGCAGUGCAGUGCAUCUUCUCCUAGUAGGAGCACUCUUGUUCCAGAUUCCUGAUAGCCUGCCAUGCUCUUCUCCAGUUUUCAGAGAUCCAAGUACAGAGGCUAGCUGUGCUCAGACAGUUAUACAGUAAGGGAAAUACACUUUCCAUGUGCAUUGGUAAAUACUUACCUGUCUGGCUAGCUUGUGGGUGCAGGAGAAACAUUGAUCCUUGCCAUAACAUGAGAGAAAUAGGUUCCAGUGCAGUUAAGUUUAUCCUUAAGCACAAAGCAUUAAAAUAUCAUUUUACAUGUUCCAGAACUAGUCUGUCAAAGAAACUGCUUUCAGGGCUAGUCCCUUAGCACUACUUAAGCCCUGAAUGACAUGUGACAUGUAGCGUGCCCUUGUUUUUCAAUAUUUUAUAAAUUAUGCCAUUUCUAAUCCUGAAUUAAAUGGUGCCUCAACAGUCACAGUUAAUUUUUCCCCCAAUUGAAUUUUGUCCUAAAUAUCCCUACUUUGUCCAGAAAAACAUAAUAAUUAUUGACAUAAUUUAUACCCCACACCUUCAUCAUAGAGUUAUGUUCCCAGGGUCUUAUAGAAUACUGGGGGGGGGGGGAGGGAGGAAUACAAUUAAAUAAUAAUAAUGCAGACAGACAAAAGCAGUAAAUUAAAACAAGCUAAAACAGCAACAAUAAAUUUGAAUAGAUGGUAAACUAAAACUAUUCUAAGUUAAAUAAUGUUUUAGCAGUUCUUAAAAGCCUGGGAAAACAAAUGCUUUUGCCUGAUAGUAAUGAGGUCUCUAGGCAGGCAGAAAAGUUUGUCUAGUCAACACCCGCCAUACUUCUCAUGGUGGGAGCACCCAGCGAGAGGCCUCAGUGGACAGGUGGACUGAUAUGAGAGGUGAACCCAAAAAUGCCUGUGUUCUGAGCUGUAUAAAGCUUUUAAAAAUUAAAAUCUUUAUUAAAAUUAAAAACUUUCUAAAUUAAGUUCAGAAGCUCAUAGACAGCCAGCAGAGUUGUUUUAAUACAGGCAAGUUGUGAUCUCUUUGCCUCUCCUUGUUAGCAAAUGAAUCUCAGCAUUCUGGACUUAGUGCAUGUAGAGCACAUUGCAGUAACCCUACUUGGAGGUUCCUAGAACAUGGGUAAUUUCUGAUAGAUCAGGCUGGGCUUCAGUCAGCAUAUCACCCUCCUCAACUGAUAGGUCUGUUGUACCUAACACUGUACCAUUACUUUUUCUGCCUCACCUGACCCAGCUAGAAAAGAGAGCUACGUAUCCUCUGAUGACCUCAUUCAGCAGCUUCAUAUAAAUUAUGAAGCAUACAGGGGUACUUUACCCACUCAUGCCAAGGGAGAAGCAAAGUCGGAGCAAUCAGGAUGCAAACAUCAGCACUUAGCUUGUGCAUAUUAUUGGUUUAUUAAGUCAAACGUCUUGGCUUACUCAGGAAGAUAGGGCAGUGUGCUCCUCUCAGUAUGCAAUGUAGUUUUUCAGGAGUUAAUAUUUCUUAAGUUUGGAAGUGAUAAAGAAGCUUGUUGAUGAAGUCAUCAGGCUCUUGUGUGCUGCCCAGAGAACAGAGCUGAAGUGUGGGUGGCUUGCUGGGCAGGUGAGUUGAACCCACACAUCAGCCUUACCAAAUGUACACAUCCCCCCAUCCAGGGCCAGAUUUAGAUGAAGAGAGGCCCUAGACUACUCCACUUGUGAGGCCCCUCCCCAUCCCCCACCCUCACAACUAGAAGAAAAUGGAAGAGUGUUAUAAACAAAAUUGAGUAAACCCAAGGAUGAUGACGGGUAUUUAAAACCCAAGGAUGAUGACGGGUAUUUAAAAUUCUACAAUUCACAAUUUCUCCUCUAAAGGACAUAAUAUAUUGUUAAAUACCAUGGUGAUUUUUUAAAAAUGCAUAAAAUUAACACUGAAAAACUUUUGCAACAACUGAACUUCGUAAACCUUUUGUGGGGUUGUGGCCUGGGCAGGCCUGGAACUAGAAGAAGGGCAAGUGGGCACUCUAUCAAAUGACAGCACAUGAGUUACAUGGAGCAGGGCCUUUUCGCUGUUGGUGCCCAUUGUAUGCCUCACUCUUCCCAGACCUGCUCUCUUUUGGCCUGCAUUUUGGAGCUUUAUAAUUUAGGAAGACUUUGGAAGAACUGGUUGAUAAGUCUUAUCAGUUGCUGACAUAUGAACAGAUUUUAUUUGCUGCUAUUCUGUGCUUCUGGUGCACCAGGGUUUACACCAGCGUAAUAGAGUUGGACAGGAUGCCGGAAGGGAUACAAUUUAUGAGCUUUCUCCAUUAUCUGAAAAGCAGGGGGUGUUCAGUCAACAGUGCAAAGGCUGAGCUGAAUCAUUCCCUGCUGGUCACCUGCUUUCAAAACAACAUCAAACCUCUGGUUACGUAAAACAUACUCAAUAGAUACACGAGACGUAACCGGCUGUACUUUUUGCAUAAAUAAAGUAUACUAUUCAUGUAUCAUAUUGUAAAUUUCAAUGAAAGUAACUCAUAAAGUUCAAUGAUAAAAGCAGAAGACCCAGUGGAUCAGUUCAUUCUCUAAUCAGUUCAUGCAUAAGGUCCAUACAUGUAUUAGUGGCUAUUCCACCUGUGUCCAUAAAGUCCAAACAAUCCACAUGAAAGGUUGUUACAAUUCCACAGAAUCCUUUCACAGACUCUAAGACAAAGAUUUCCGGAAUAUUAGCCUUGUUUCGCCGUCCUGGACUUCUUCAGUAGUUCAAGUUCUAGGUAAUGCAAAUAAAUACAAAAUUGUGAUCUCACACAUUUUUACAGAAAGAAUAAUAUAAAAACCAUAAACAACUGUACAUACCAUAUGUGAUAUAACAGGACAGUGGAUCUUAUGGCAGUGGAUCUUAUGGUGAUAAGCAGCAGCUGUUACAAAGUAGAGUUACAUGGACAAACACACUAUUGAUUUGAGUUACAGGAGUUGGCAAUCCAUAGAUACAAAAUUUAUUUCUUAAAGUGACCCAUAUGGCACGACAAACUUAGUCUAUGCACUCUGGUGUCAUCAGGACAUAAAAAAUCAGCUAAACCUUCAUCUAUAUAGCUUAAAGAGAAGACUUCAUUUAGAAUGACCUGUAAUUUAUUUUUCACUGAUGUGGUAGGGUCACUAGGUAUAGGCAAGUAGAAAUUUGAAUUGCUUAAUUGUUUCUCUGCUUCCUUAAUGUAGUCAAUCUUAUUCAUUAGUACAAUGGCUCCCCCUUUAUCUGCUGGUUUUAUAAUUAAUUUUUUUAUCAGUAGUAAGUUCGUUCAGGAUUAGAGAAUAUUGCUUACUCAAUUUGUACUGCCUGCAACUCCCUAUCUUCUUCUCUCUAAUGUUUAGGUCACGGUGUACUAAAUGUUGAAUUUCUAGAUCAAGAAAAGGUAAAUGAUGUGGGCUUGAUGUUCCUUCAAAGGUCAAGUGUUAAACGGUUAAACAGUUCAUGGGCCAUGGGCUUCAAAUGUGGUCCCAGGGUGGCCAAUAUCUUUAUAAGAAAUUUUGAUUGAAAACACAUAAAAAAGUUUAUGGCUAUGCUGUAGUGUAGUGUUUAUGCGACUGUGAAUAAAAGGUGGCUGGGCUCAUUGUCUCGGCGUUUGGGGGGGGAGAGGUGACAAAACUGAUUUCCAGUAAGUGCCCCCCUUUAUUUCCAUAACAAGUCCUUGAGUCUGUACUCUGAAUGGUGACACCAGGGAGCUAGAAGGUGCAGGGCUUGUCAGCCCAACCCCUGCACAGUCUCAUCAGGGCUGAACUUAAGGCAAUGGAGCAAUUGGGCCAAAUUGGGCCCCACAGGCCGCUCCUAAGGGGGCCCCUGCACCAGGGCAAUCUAGAUGGAUUUUGUUUAUAUCUAUAAGAUUUUGCAGACUUUGGCUGUGAACUGGGGCCCUACAAAAAAUAAUAAUAAUCAAGUUGCGCCCCACUGCUUCAAAUUGGACCCCACUGGCUUGCCCUAAUAGUUGCUGGGCCUGAGUUGCCCUGACCUUGCAUGGAGUCUUGAUUUACAAUUUUGGGAGAGGGGAGACUGCCCACUGGGGAACGGGAGAGCUGGUGGGCCCCCCUAGAUUUAGAGGCCCUAGGCUUCAGCCUACUUAGUCUAUACAUAAAUCCAGCACUGACCCCAUCCAAACUAGCCCCUUAGUCUAGGUCUCAGUUUGGCCUUAUACACUUUCAUUAUUUAUUUGAAUACUUUAUUGAGAAUACAUUAAUAGGGCUUUGAUAUAAAUGCUAUUUUGAUGUGUGCAUAGAUAGAUAGAUAGAUAGAUAGAUAUCAGAUAGAUAAUAGUGUAGUGUACCAAAUAAUAGUGAAUGGGUUAGAUAGAUAGGUAUAGUUGUAGUUUAAGGUUAAGAACAUAAUUAUUGUUGAGUAAUAAGAACAAAGGGAUUUCCAAAGUGACUGAUAAAUAUAAGGGGUAGUUCUAUAACUUAGAAGAGAAAAUUGACUUUUAUUCAACAUAAAUUUUAAUACUUAGCUCAGUUUGACACUGUUUUACAGGUGCAAAAUGGGCAAAUGAUUCAUAGAUCUAAGGCUAUCCACAUUCUGCCCCCCUUCCCUGUGUUAGACAAGAAAAUGAGAAGACAAUGGCAAAGGCUUGGGAAAGAUGUAGAAAAUGAGCCUUCCCUUAUUACCAUCCAUUUUCAUGGUUUUCCAUCAAUUUUCUCUGCUUCUGGUUGAUUAAAAAAACACCCACAGUUGUUCCCACAAAUGUGACAAAAUGAAAAAAGAUGAAGGCAGCCUCUGUAGCUGUUGUGGAUGAUAUAUAAAAUAAAUAUCACAUACAGAAAUACAUUCAGGGCAUUAGAAAAUUGUAAAUGGCAGGUCCACAGCAUCUUCACAUCAGGUGCAACUGCUGUCUCCAAAAUAUCUAAUGCCUUGACUGAAGCCCCUAAAUGGGUGGAUAAUAAUGAGUUGAAGCAAAAGUUCCAGGAAAUCUCAGUAAUGUGAAUGAAGGGAGCUUCAAAGGACUUCAAAGAACAGGAAGAACUGGCCACAUCUAUGUCAUGUACUUGGCCAUAUAAGUGUUUGAGUCAUUAACAGUGCCUAGCAGUUGUGGUCUUGGGGACUUCCCAUGGUUUUUAGAUACACUGAUGGCACCAAAAUAAUUAUUUACUGAAUCCUGCCAUUUCCACCCAGUCAUACUGGCUAUCCAUACAUCUGCUUGUAUCAGCCUUUAAUAUAUAGUUUUCUAUUUAAACACCAUACAUUGUUCAGAAUACAACAAAAGGUGUAGAAAAUGAUUCGAUGCAAGCCCAAAGUACAAGUUACAGAGAGUUGCAAAUAAAAAGUGUAGAGAAACUCUUCAAAUAUCAUUCAUUUUAAACCUCUUAAACUAAAUAUAGAGGAAAUUAAUUGUUCUUUUUGUGAAGAGACAUGGAUGGUGCUUAUUCAUCUUCAUUAUGACACUUACUGUGCUCUGCAGUGGCUAGAGUGUUAAGUCUGAAUGUUGCAAAAUCUAGGUUCCAAUGUAGCUUCAGCCAUGAAACACUCAGUGUAAUCAGCAUCUCAGGGCUGUUCCGAAGUUCAUGAAGGGUGGUAGGGUAUGAUUAUAGUAAAUUAUGUCCAAUAUGUGUGUAAAUUAAAUUAUCAUUUUCAUUGCAAUUAAAGGAUCAUUCACCUUCCACAUUAAGUUCUGACAUUUGGGAUAGGGACCACCUGUCUGCAGGCCACAUUUGACAGAACAUGGGCCCCAAUUCGGUUCACAAAGCUGUUUGCCUCAAACCAUGCCUGCCUGUCCCAUAUAUGACAGCCAUAUUAGCACACACAAAAAAUACUUUAUACUUUCUUCAGGGAGAUUGCAGUUUACAGACCCAUUCACUUCUCAGGCAAAGUUAGCCUUUAGGAAAUGUAUCCAGUUACACUUACAGAGUCAGAAAAAGACAGAAAUUGGGACAUUCUGAUUUCUUUUGAUACAUAGAAUUCUGACAGAUUACGUUUGUAGAUAAAUGUCUAAAGGCAGCCCUGUUCAGGGAAGUUUUUAAUGUGUGAUAUUUUAGUGUAUUUUUGGUUUCUAUGGAAGCCGCCCAGAGUGGCUGGGGAAACCCAGCCAGAUGGGCGGGGUACAAAUAAUAAAUUAUUAUUAUUAUUAUUAUUAUUAUUAUUAUUAUUAUAGCCAGUAUUUUUAUGGCCUUUUUAGAUAGAGAGAAUAAAAAACAUACCCAAAAAAAGAAGUAUCUCCUGAGGUUCCUCAGAGUAAGCAUGGAGAUGAGAAAAAGGAAAUGGGUUACUGAGGCGAACAUCAGGAAGGAUGUCCAAGAAAGAGAGGGUUUGAGGAGGAGGCACACCAUCCCCACCUCACUGUUAUUAGAAGACAACAUUCAACAUCCAUAUAAGGUGUUGUUUCAGCUGAAAUUCCUGAAGUUAUUUUUCAUAGCAAGCAACUGUAAGAAGUAAAUGUAUUAGAAAGACUACCCAAAUUAUUAAUCUGCAAUUUUAUCAGGACAAAUAGCUGAUUUGAAUGCUAACACAGAAAAAGGUAUAAGAAUUAUUGUGAAUUAUUCUGCCUGCACAACUAAGCAUGUCAUUACCAUGCAAGUUAAAAAAGGACAAAUAAUAUUCUUGACAAGCAGAAUUGAGAGAACAAUAUACAUCGAUUGGUGAAUGGGUAGAAAAUUAUUUAAUUGAUUCUAUUCUGCCAAUGCAAGUUGAGACAAAAAAAUAGGGCAAGUCAAAAAUGAAGUGCAAAAAUGCUUCACUGAGUCCUUAAUAGUAAAAGAGGCUUUCAUCAUCUACUCAGCUGACAAAGAUGAGAAUAUCUUACCCAAAAAUUGAUAAAGAAUUGCAUAAAUCAUGCAAUUUCAAGUUAUGGGUUAAAAACAUAUUGUUACAGUGGUUUUGGUAGGGAUGAAGCAAAUGAGCCCAGCUAACAACAGCAAAAGCAUUUUUAUUGUAAUGUCCCUGGAAUCCAGACUUCAGCAUAAUGCUCUUUUGUUCCUUUUUUUGAAUGAUAAAAAAGCAGGACCCCCCCCAAAAAAAGUUAUAACAAAAAUGGUUUCAUUUAUGAAGGGGGAAAUUGUACUUUAUAAAAAUCAACACACAGCUUUACUGAACCAUUUAUGUGUAUGUUUCUGCCACAGCAUUUGGUCUCAGUCUGCUUCAAUCAUAUGCCCUGUUGCUUUAUUAUUUUCAAAGUCCCAAUAAGACACUAUUCUAACCUUGUUGAUGAGGAAAGAGCCACCAGAUAUGCAGAGUAAAAUCAGUGCUAGACUGAACAGUGCCCUGUUCUUGGAUGUGGUACCCCAGUCUCCAAGUUUACACAAAGCUCGAAAUGUGGCUUCUCACACAAUUCAACCCUGAAACCUCGAGUUUCAGAGAAUGAAAUGCAACAAUGCCAGAAUUUAGCAAGUUCCUCUUGUACCUUUUCAAAUGAGCACAUUUUGGUAUGCAACUCAUUCUGACAAUUCAAAUGAACUGAUUCACCAUACUAAACACCACUUCGUGUGUUUGUCUCUGUGUGCAGUUGUGUGUGCAAGUGUGUGUUGCUAUGUGCAUAGGUCACUGUAAAUAAACAGUAAAAUUACUGUAAAUUUCAUCUUAAGACUCUUACAAGAUGCAAUGUGCUUCACCAGCCAACUAUUUCUUCUGCCUCCCAACACUUGUUCCCUCAUUUAGCCCAGAGAAGAAUUCUGGAGAACAUGAAAACUUGAACAAUAUUUUGUGAUAUUUUGGUUGGCCUAAGGAAGGAAGGUAUUGUCCCAGUAUGAAUUUUGGAUUUUAUUUUUUAUGGGCCAAAACCUUUUGACUGCAGGAAUACCUCCAUCCGCUGCAGAGGCUACAACCAGUUUUGCAUUGUCUGCCAGGACGACUAACACAACCCAACGGCAGCUCCAUAACACCUGCUCAACUUGUACAUUUCAUUUGUAAACAAGGUCGUCUAUUUUAAAGGCACCAAGUAGCCCUGGGUCAAAUGAAUUUCUGGCUUAGUCGCAAUAAAACGAAGAGGCAAUGUAAGUCUUUAGUGAGCUUUGCUCCAAAGAAAACCGUCGGGGAGGGAGACAACGUCGAACGGUAGGCAAUAAAGGGCCAAUCUAAACUCCACACUAAACAAAGUUGACUUCCUUCCGUCUUAAUAACAGCAAGCUGGAUGUCCAAAGACAGCAAACUGCUUUUCUUGCCGAUUCAAGGGAAUCUAAAGGGGAAAGUGUUAGGAGGUUUUGAAAGAGAGAUGGGGCUGAAAAUCCACCCCUUGACCAGUCUGUGAAUCCUUGGAGGAGGAGAAGGGUGGUGGUGGAGGAGGAAAAGAGAGGUUCCCCUUUCCCAUCCGGCUCGCGGUUCCAUUUCCGUCGCCGCCACCUCCCUGCUCCUCCAACAGCAGCAAAGAACUUGUGUGAAGUUGCCCGAGGGAGCCGGGCAGGAGGAGGCCGCCAGGCUACCUAAGCAGACCUCUUUCCACGGUGGCGAAGCCGAGCGUAAUGAAAGGUAAUUGGCCGGGCUGUUAUCCAUCUGCAGCCUACAUCUUGCCUCCAAAUGCCUCUAAUUGAAUUGCUGUAAUUUUUUGCCCUUCCUAAUGCACUGCCUCGGCGAGGGGAAAUGACCGGGGGGGGGCGGCUCUCCAGGCUCCCCGGGGGGAAAGAGGCAAGCAGCUCCGGCGAGGCUCAUAAAUAGCGCGGAUCGGGCUGGCUUGGGUACCACUCGGACCACCACCCCGCCUCCCCAGCGCUUCUUCCGCAAGCUCCUCCUCCUCCUCCUCCUCCUCCCCGCUUGCGGGAUCCACGCAGGGACUGAGUGAGGAAGAUUCCCAUAGAUCAGUCAGCAGCCCUUGGGGACCACCGUCCUACCGCUCGCCAGGAUCCACCUCGACACACAUCGGACACCACUUUGCAAGUCAAGGUACUGUCCCGCUGCGUUCGUGACCUCCUGCGCCUUUCCCAUCUUUGGCUACAACUUUUGACGCGCGUCUUUGAGUUCUCCUACCCGCCGUGCGCGCGUGUGUUUAUAUAAAAUCUGUAGAUAGAACAUCGCUCGUUCCCCUUUACUUUCUUCCUCCUGGGAUUAUGGGGUGGUAAGAAGGGAAGCGGGUGUCUGAAACCCCCCAGCUGACAGGGGCAGGCAGGCAGAGGGGUUCAGUGCGUCUUGGUCUCCUUUCAGAUGCAGAGGUGUACCUGUCUCCUGUUUGCCUCCUUGAUCUUCUGCGCUACCGUCUCAGAGACUUUCGGGCUGGUGUUAUCCGUGAGUAUUGUCGCUUUCUGCUUUCUACACUACUCUCCGUCUACAAUAAUCAUGUGUAAGUGGUGAAGGGUGGGUGGGGGACAAAUUUCACGCUAAAUUUCAGAAGCCUGCUCUUGGAUCAAUGCAAGAGAAAGUGUGUUCACACGGUCGUUUUUUCCUCCAGUAUUGAUGCAGUAUAGCCACUCAUUUAUUCCAGAGUAUCCAAACAGCCUUCUUACAAAGGAUGGCAUCCCUGUUUUCUCCCCAGUGUCAUCCUGAGGUUUUUGAGUGAUGGUGGUGUGUAGUGAUUUUUUGGAGUUUCCAUCACAAUUACGGUAUAUAGUGUAACCCUUUCAGGUAUGAUGGAUUGGUGGAAUUCUGUUGUCUGGCAUGAAGGUGUGCUUUGGGAAUGUAGUAAAGCCCCUCUGCAUUUCUUGGUCACCUCUCCAAAAUGUCAUCCCUCUGCAGUGAUUUUCCUACAGUGGUGGAACAAAUUUCCCUCCCCAUUUCAGGGGCAGGAAGGGAAGUGGGGGAAUAACAAUUGUAUUUUCCAAGAGUUGAUCUUUUCCAGCUGGAGAGAAGCAAGUAAUUUGUUGAAGAGCACAGGAAUCCCAGAGAAAGUGGUGUAAAUCUUUUGAAACAGUUUAACAGCAAGGAGAAUGUGAGUUGCUUCUUACUGAGACAUUAAUGUCAAGCUGGGUGCAGUCCCAAGUUUACUUUUCUGGAAGGAAGUUCUUUUGAAAUUGAUGAAGCCAACUCCAGAGAAACCUGAAAGUACAAAGUAUGAGGGAUGAAACCCUGUAACAAAUCAUUUACUUUACUUAUUUUUUAUUUUAUUUUAGCUAUAUAGUAAUUUAUCCUUAAAAUUCAAUUAUACUAUUCAAACAACACCAUAAACAUUAUAUAGUUAUAUAUGAUAGAUUCCACUUACAUUCAAGAAAACAGGUUUAAAUCUAUAUUAUGAAACAUGAUCAAUGUGUGAUUUCCUUGGCUGGUAUUUCUGUAUUUUAAAAGAAAAACUGUGUGGUGGUAAUAAGUGAAAAAAUAAUAAUCUCACAAUUUUUCCUUCUGCAAGGCUAAAGAUAAAAGGGGAUGGACUGUGAAUAGUGCUGGUUAUCUGCUUGGUCCAAGUAAGUCCAAAUGUUUUAUAUUAUUUGAAGGCAAUCUGGAAUAACAGAAAAGUAACAUCCCGAGAUUUCUAAAGCUCAUCGCAUACUAUACAUGAGCAUACAUGCAAUAUCCCAUACUAACCCUCAUUCCCAGCUUGUGGCAGGUGACAGCACUAAAUCACUCAGUUAGUGCUCUCUCUGGUGUUUAUUGUAACCUAUUUACAGUGGAGUGCUUUGCAGGAAUUAUGACUCUUAUCACUGCGCUUGAAUCAUGAGAGUAAACCAAUUUUAUCUGAAAGCUCAUCUUUCAGUUCCAAAGCCAUGCCAUUUACAGAUAAUAUUAAAUAUACAUACUAGUAUCUCUGAAAGUGGUUAUCAACUUUCCUGGAAUAAAUAUGCCAAACUAAUACUAUGCUGGAAAACUGUAUCUUCUGCUUUGGAGUCCACAUCUUUUUACUUUCCUUUGCUUACUGUUGUUGAGAAGAUGAUGUAUUUUGGACUGUCUACAAACAACUGAGGCCCAUUCCAGCAAAGUUAAUGAAAGGGCAUCUGCUUUGCAUGCUGAAGGUUCUGGGUUCAGUCGCCAGCUAGGACUGGGGGAGAGCCCUGCCUGAUCUGAUAAGUUGCAGCUAGCUAUUGUAGACUAUACUGAGCAAGAGGGGCUAAUAAUCAGACUCAAUAUUAAGCGGCUCCCUGUGUUCCUAAAUCCCACUGAGUGUACUCGAAUAGGACUUUACCUAGAUUGUGCCCAUGAUAAGUGCUUUAUGUAGAUACUAUACUUCAGCUUGGGGAAAUAAUUUUGUUAUCCAUGAACAGGUAAUGUUGGUAGAGAAAAGGGUAAAGCGAUUGAAGUGGUUAGGUGCCAGAGGACAAAAUUCACAGUAAGGUUCAAAAGUCUUUUACUUGGAUAAAUGCAAUAGAAAGGGUGUUCCCAUGGUUGCUUUUUCCUCCAGUAUUCAUUCAGUUUGCUCACUCAUUCCUGAGAAUCCAGGCAGCCUUCUUCCAAAUGAUGGCAUCUCUCUUUCCUCCCAUCAUGAAGUUUUAAAGUGCUGGUUUGUAGUGAUUUUUUUUUUAAUCCUUUUUAUUAAGUUUCCCAUUUUGACAAUCCAAUCAAAUCACAUUGAAUGUUCCAGAUUAUACAAAUACAUAUCAAAUAGUCCAAAUAUUCUGCCUAAAUUAUAAUUUUUUUGUUGAGACUUCCCAUGCUUCAAAUUCGGGGAGGCUCUUGUUUGUAGUGAUUUUUGUUUAUCACCUUUUCCUUUAGUGUACAAGCAAUUAUCAGCUAAGCUUCUUUUAAAGCCAAUAUUUUUUAAAGCAUUAUCAAGACACUCAUUCCAAUUUCUAGCUGAUUGUUUGAGCCCAUAGAUUGCUUUGUGUAACCUAUAUACAGAAUUCUGUUCCCCUGCCUCAAAUCUUGGUGCUUGAUUCAUAAAAAUUUCUUCGUGCAGAUUUACGUUAAGAUAAGCUAUUUCAAUAUCAAAAUGAUUUACCUUAAACCCAUGUUGUGCUGCAAUAGCUAGCAAUAAACGUACACUUUCACUCCUUGCAGUAGGAGAAAAGGUUUCAUCAAAACUUUCACCUUUUCUUUGCGUAAAGCCUCGUGCUACCAGCCUAGCUUUGUACUUAACACUACCAUCUGCCAAGUGUUUUAUUUUAUACACCCAUCUACAGUCCACUGUCUUUUUUCCUUCUGGCAAUGGCUCAAUAGUAAACACAUUAUGUUCUGCCAAAGAUUUCAUUUCUGCUCUCAUUGCAUUUUCCCACAUUACUAUUUCCUGGUGUGGUAACUUUAAAACCUCCUUAUAAUCACGAGGUUCUUUCUUCACAUCAACAGUUUUAACUUCUUGUAUAGUAAACCUUUCUGGAGGUACCCCCUUAUUGCUUCUUUGUGAUCUUCAAACUUGAACACUUUCCCCCUCUGAACUAUCUUCCCCUUCUAAUUCAUCUUGCUCAGGAGAAAUUGGUUCAGCUUUAGGAGAUUGUGUACUGGGACCCUCAUCCCCUGAUUCCUCAUCACUAACACUUUCAGAACUUUCUUUAAUUUGUGGCUUUUCUUCUUCAGAUUUCACAAAUUUAUCUGUAUCAUCUGAAAAUAAAACAACUUCUGAAUUCCCAUGUAAACAAGCCCAACCAUCUUACUCCUAAAACUCUGCAUGUCUUGAUAUUACAACUCUGCCAAGCCCUAGUGCAAAAUGACACACUUUUGACCAACUUUGAUAACCAACAAAUCUAAGUCUCUUUGCCUUGGGAACACCUUUCCUUCUCUGUCCUUUUGGGAUGUAAACCCAAGCCCAACAACCAAAAGUUUUAACAUGGUCCAAAAAAGGCUUUUUUCUAUAAAGCAAAAAAAUGAGGCGUAUUGUUUAUGGUAGAAUGAAACAAUCUGUUCUGUAUGUAAUUAGCACAGAUAAUUGCUUCCCUCCAAAACUUCCUGGAUAAGCCAGAAUCACAUAACAUAGAAUCUAGCAUUGUUUGUAAAGACCUUAUCUUGCGUUCUGCAACUGAAUUUUCUUCGGGUGAAAAAGGGCACGAUUUAUGGUGACUAAUACCACGUUUUUUUCAACCAUAUAUGGAGGGCUUCAGACAUGAACUCGCCUCCGUGGUCACUCUGCAAUUGGGUAACUUUGUAGGGAAACUGCCUUUCUAUAUAGUUGACCCAAUUUUUAAUCAGUUGACCAGUUUCACUUUUGUGUUUUAACAAGUAUACCGGCUAUAAUCAUCCACAAGAACCAGAAAAAACAUUGCUCCUCCUUCAGAUUCUGCAAAUGGCUCACAAAGGUCUGGAUGUAAUAAAGCAAAUGGCUUCUUGCUAAUUCAGGAUAAGAUCCCCACCUACUUUUAGACUCCUUGCAGGUAUUGCAGUCCAGAAAAACUGAACAUUUUUUUCAUUUUAAUUCCCUUACUUAAUUCUGGCAUUUUUGCAAUACUGCAGAAAUUGGCAUGCCCCAAAUGACCAUGCCACAAAUGCCGGCACUCAUCAUGCAAGGCUCUAUUACUGUUAGGGGGGGUGGUUUCUUCUGGUGGCAGACGACAGAACCAUGAAACUGGGGUAAAACACUCAAACAAAGGUUUUAUUACAGCUAUACAAAACAACAAACAAAAAGCAUGCAGGUGUUCUCUCUCUGCAGGCAAAUUCAAACUGCAACUUCUCCUCCUUUUGUAGUCAUCACCAGCUGUACCUAAUCAGCCUAGAAAACCACUCCCAGAACUCACAGAAAAGGUUCUUAAAGUUACAGUCAUCCUUUCUGUUUCUUUGCAGAAUGACUCCUAACACUACCAGUAGAUCACGAUCAACCUGUUGGACAUCCCUGGAACAGAUCAAUUGAAAUAAAUAGACCUAACCUAGCUGUGCUCACUAAAUUCAGUGGGUCGACUCUAAGUAAAGCUUAACUGAAUACAGCCCAAGGUUCCCUUUCUACACAUCUGUUAGUAACCUCCAGCUGCUUCACUCAUAACGGAGCUGUAUUUAACUAAGUGACAUUUUCAGAAUGCAAGCUUCACACCUUUGCUGCUUAUUGGGUGUGUUCAAUACACCUUUUCAUAAUUGCCCGAUAUGUUAGAUUAUAGCUAUCCGUCCGUAUGUUGUAGAAAUUAUUUUCAAGGACACAAGAGGAGUGUCUUUACUUACAAGGGGUAAAGCAUAAUACAAGAGUUUUAAAAACAGUGCCUAAAUACCUCUACUAAGAAUGUUUUAUUUGUUUGUGUUGGCUUCAGAUAAACAGUGACUGAAGAGGCUGUGCAGACAGCCAAAUCUCCAUUCCAUAGAAAGGAGAUCUACUGAUCAAAGUUCCGUUUUUUCUAAGGUUGGGUAAUAGCCAUAAUCUGUUUCAGGUCGUGUUGCUCAGAUCCUCAAGAAAAUGUCCCGUGCAAAGGGGACAGAAGAGCCACCUGGGGAACGUAAGAUGGCUUUUGGAGGUUAUUCGUGUAAACUAACUGCAGUUUACUGUCAAAGCAAACUAACUGACAACUCGCUACUUAAAACCAAAGGAAGCAACAGUACAACUACAUUUUCUUUUCUUUUCUUUUUAUAAAAUUUAUUGAACAAUUUCCACAAACAAAUUUCAAAACAAAUAAUCAAUUACAUUGUUCCCCCAUUUUUUCCUUAUUCCCCUCCCUAUCCCACCCUCCCUCCCUUCCCCUCCAGAGACUUCCCUCAGCUCCUCUCUCUGAUUUGUAUACCUAUGUUAUUCUCUGCAUGUUAAAGAAUCUAUGUAUCGUUACUUAAUCUAUCAUAUGUUCAUCUACUAAAUUUGUGGAUGUUUAUUCAAAACCCGCCAAGGAGUCCAAUUCCUUUUGUUGUUGUUUUAAGUAAUUUGUAAAAAGUUCCCACUCUUCUUUGAAGUCAAAGUUGUCCUUCUCACGUAAUUUAUAUGUCAAUUUAGCCAAUUCCGCAUAGUUCAUCCGUUUUCCUUGCCACUGUUCUUUCAUUGGGGUUUCUUCAUUCUUCCAUCCUUGUGCUAACAAGGCUCUUGCCGCUGUUGUAGCGUACAUAAUUAAGUUCUUUGUUUUUCUUGGCAGGUCUUCUCCUACAAUCCCCAACAAAAAUGCGUCUGGCUUUUUUACGAAUGUCAUUUUAAACAUUUUUUCCAAUUAAUUAUUUAUAAUCCCCCCCCCCAAAAUAACCUCUCUACAUUCCCACCACAUAUGGUAAAAGGUACCUUCUUUUUCUUUACAUUUCCAACAUAUGUUUGAUCCGGUUUUGUACAUUUUUGCUAUUUGUACUGGUGUAAUAUACCAUCUGUACAUCAUUUUCAUAUAAUUUUCUUUCAAAAGAGAACAAUCUGUAAAUUUCAAAUUUACUUUCCAAUUUUUCCCAGCCCUCAAAUUGUAUGUUAUGUCCUAUAUCCUGUGCCCAUUUAAUCAUAACUGAUUUAACCUCCUAAUCUUUUGUCUCCCAUUCUAGCAAAAUACUAUAUGCUUUCUUCAACAGCUUCACUUCUUCUUCUAUAACUUCCUUUUGAAAUCUAGAAGUUGUAUAACUAAACCCUUUCUUGCUAUCUUCCUUAUACAUCUCACGUAAUUGUCUGUAAUGUAACCAACUCUGAAAAUGUUCUUUAAUUUCCUCAUAGUCUUUUAAUUUCCACUUUCCUUCUUGGUCCCUCAGUAAAUCUCUGUAUGUAGGCCACCUCCCCUUUUUGCCAAGUGUUUUGAGUAACGAAGCUUCAAUUGGUGAUAACCACCAGGGUGUUUUUUGUUCAAUUAAGUCUUUACAGUACAACUACAUUUUCUAAAUUGGACACAAUGAGCCCAAGACUACACCCAGAUAUGCUCAACUCUUUUAGUCACGGCUUUUCAGGAAAAGACAAACAAGGGCUUUGAAUCAGAGAUGGUUCAGGAGAUGCCUUUCGAAUUCCUUGCUAAUGACUCAGUUCCACAUUUGGCUGAAGGGACACAUAAAGUCAUUGGGACGUGUUAUACCAAUAGCUGUACCACCACCACAUCAUCAUCUAUGACACUGUGGUGCUGCAGUUGUUUGCCAGUGAUGCAUUGGUUUACAGCUGGUGUGACUGUUUAAGUGAAAUGCUUCUUUCCAUUCAUUUGCUGUUCACCAUCCCAUCACGAAAUGUCUUUCACGUUCUUGUUCAAAGCUGAAAUCUUUUUACCUGGUGUGGUGACGUCUAUGAAUCUCAGGCUACUCUAGUAAGCAUUACAGAAUGAAUGAAACCUCUCUCAUUUGUUAACAGGUGCAAUUGACAAAGUUUUUAAUGCCCAGCCUGGUCUAGCUGGUAAACGUGACAUACAGCUUGAAGGAAAUACAAAAGCAGGUAAUGAAAUGACCCCCUUCUCGUACUUACUGAGGAGUUCAUAUCCCAGUGAUAUCUGAACAGCUGCCCACCAAACAUUCUUUGGCACAUUUCUAGAUUCUAAAGAGAGCCUUUAUUCCAAACUUUUACAGGGGGGCGUCUGGGCAGGAUUUCAGGAGUCUAGAGGUUUCAGCAGGGCCAGACAAUGAACUGGUGUAUGGAUUGCAUCACCCCUUUUUAUUCUUAGUGCAUUUGAAAAUGAAAUAUUCUUUUAAAAAUAUACUUUAAACUAGAGGAAAAGCUUCUUUCCACUGGAAACUGAGUGCCACUGAUUACAGAAGCUGGUUAACAUAAGUAGACCUAUAACUAACAUUGUCUCAUCAGCCUGAGAGGGGAAAAACAAACCCUUUAUAUCCUAAUGUAUAUUUUAUUACUGCCAAUAUGUAUCCCCUUCCCCACCUUAAUUAUUUUAAAUGAACAGCAAAUUUAGUAAUACCUAACUAAUAUUUUCUAGGUAUUUUGGGAAGACCACUGACUGAUGACAAUGUUUUGCGUAUGGUAAUUGAAUUUUUGACAUUCUUACACCUUAAAGGUUAGUAAACCUGUUUUCACUUCAAACCAUUUUGUAAUAUGAAAAUUAACAUAAUCCUUACAGAGGAUUGUAACCCAUAUUCCAUGAGCAGCAUUCCACUCAAGCAACAGGAUUCCCCCCCUUUCCUUGUGUGCACCCCAGAUCUGCUCCAAAGGCCCCCCCAACCCCAAGAAUUUGCAGAAAAUAUUUGCAGAAAAACGUAAAGAAAACAUUUAGGGGCAAAACCAAAGGGGACAAAAAGCUCCCAAAACUGACCAGUGAGGAACUGGGUGUAAACAGAACACUAGGAGAGGGGGACGGAUUAACCUGGAAGAGGCACACCUGGCUGGCUUUUGGAUGUUCAGGCAGUCAUUAUGGCCGGGAAUUCCUUUGCUUAAGUUUGGUUGGUGUACCAACUGCAUCCUUUCCUGGAAAAAGCAGAUCUGGCUACUGCUGGUUAUUACCCACAUAGCUUUGCAUGGACAUUUGAACCUGUCCACUGGCAGAGGUGAGAACAUGAUCAGGCCAAAGGCUCAUCCUCUUCCCAGAUACCUAUAGGAAGUCUGCAAGCAGGACCUGAGUCUCCCUCUUCUGAUUCAGAGGAAUUCGUAUUCAGAGGCGUGCUGCUUCUGACAGUAGAGGUAGGACAUAGCCAACAGUCCACUGACAGCUUUAUCCUCCAUGAAUUGUCUAUUCCUCUUUUAAAGCCAUCCAAGUUUCUCUCACUUCACCUGGUGAGAGAAAAUUUUGCAGCUCAACUAUGCAUUGUGUGAAGAGGUACAGUGGUACCUCAGUUCUCGAAUGUAAUCCAUUCCGGAAGACCGUUCGAGUUCCGAAACAUUUGAAAACCAAGGCGCAAAGGGCUGUCUGCAGAUUCAGUUGAGAAAACUGAAAAACACGUAGUGGAAGCCGUUCGACUUCCGAGGCGCAUUAGGAAACGGAAGCAUCCACUCCGGGUUUUUGACGUUCAGGUUCUGAAACUUUCGUCAACGGAGACGUUCAAGAACUGAGGUACCACUGUAGUUUCUUCUGUCUAUCCUACCUCUUCCAACUUUCAGCUUCAUUACAUGGCCCUGAGUUCUAGUAUUAUGAGGGAGAAAAACUUAUCCCUGCCUUGUUUCUCCACAUCAUACCUAAUCUUAUACAUCUCGGUCAUGUGCCCCCUUUCUAGCUGUUUCUCUAAACCAGAAAAGGCCCAAAUGUUGUAACCUUUCCUCAUGGGGCAGUUGCUCCAUCCCAUUGAUCUUCCUGGUUUGGUUGGGCCUUCUUUUUGGAGCGUUCUAACUUCGGAACAAACAAAGCUGUUGUUUCUUACACACACUUUCUCAAUGCUGAAUGGCUUCUUAAUUAUUACAGGAAAAUUGCAGGUGAAAUAAAUGGGGUUUUGCAUCUUUCCAGAAUUUCUUUCGGCUUUUAGGCAGUGUGAUUUUCCCCCCCUACAAAGGGAGUCAUAUAGGUAGAAAAUUAUUCGUACAAGGAGAGAAUAAUAACAGCAAGAUGAAAGGCAGGCACUGUAAUUGCAAAUCGGAUGGUAGUGCUUCUGUCAAUGAAGGGACCUUUGAGUCAAAGCCACACAAUGCUUUCUCGAUAAGGGAAGAAAAGCACAUUCAUUGACAGGUGAAAAUGUUCAUGGAUGACCAGCCUCAUGCAACAGUGCAAGAAGAGAAGCAUAUUUAGAAUUUGCCACGUAUUUAAGCAAGGGAAGCUGUGGUCCUCCAGGUGUUGUUAGACUGCAACUCCGCUCAGUUCCAGCCACCUAGGUCAAUAUGAUGGAAGCAACACUUUGAAAACCAAAGGUUAGCUGCCUCUAUGUUAGAACGUAGGUUUCCCAUCACUGAUUUGAACCCCAACACAUGCCUAUAUCAAAAUUACAUCCAUACAUAAUUACAAACAGUCGAAUGAAACCAUAAGAAAGGAAUGACGUAUUGUUUUUAUUUCUUUUCGGAGGCGUUAAGUGAGUUCAAGUGCCUUGUCUUGUAUCAUAAUUGCUUUGGAAGUGAACUGUAGUUUUAUAGAUUUGUCUCCGAGCACUUAUUGUUUCCUGUCUUUCACAAGCAUACACUUUUAAUUUUUAUUUAUUUUUCAGAAGCUGGGGUUCUUGAUGACAUACCUGCAACACUUUCUUCAGAAGAAACAAAUCAGUCUUGAAAGAGAACGUAUUUAUACUCUGCGUUAUAAAUUCCCAACAUCUAAUCAGAACUUUGAACAAAAUAUGGCAUUGUAUUCACCUUGUACGUUCUUCCUCAUUGUCAACUUCUUUUUGUCUUUUCUUUCUUUGGUGAUGUUACAUUGUAAAAAAAAAAUCACUGAUAAAAAAUUACUUUCGAUAAACGACAUAAUAAAAAAAUAGCAGCUG